CGUCGAUUAUAUUCUAUGUUAUCUUCUGUUACCGGAAUCAAAAUGCAACUUUCCAGUCAGUUAAAACUUGUCAGUUCGAUUGGACGAAUUGUUUCAAGAAACUUGAGGUCUUCCGCUUGCUUAAACAUGCCAAUUACUGUAGGAGAUUCUUUACCCCCCGUAGAUUUAUUCGAAGAAACCCCCGCUAAUAAAGUCAACGUACAACAAUUAACCAAAGGUAAAAAAGUUAUCAUUUUUGCUGUUCCUGGAGCUUUCACCCCUGGAUGCUCCAAGACUCAUUUACCGGGAUAUGUAGCUCAAGCAGAUUCUUUAAAAACCAAAGGCAUAGAUGAGAUCGUUUGUGUUUCUGUUAACGAUCCAUUUGUGAUGUCCGCUUGGGGAAAAGAACAAGGAGUUGGUCAAAAAAUUAGAAUGUUAGCUGAUCCCCAAGGAACAUUCACUAAAACUAUUGAAUUAAACACCGAUUUGGCGGUUUUGGGUGGAUUAAGAAGCAAGAGAUAUUCCAUGGUUGUCGAAGAUGGUGUUGUUAAGAGUUUACAGGUUGAACCUGAUGGUACAGGAUUGUCUUGUUCGUUGGCUGAAGCUAUUAAAUUGUAAAGAUUAUUAAAAAAAAAGGAUAAAAAUGUUUGUAAUUGUCUAUAAGAUCUGCAAUAAAUCUUAUUGUUAGUAUAAAUGUAAAA